AUGAAGGAAGGAAGAAACGAUGACUGGGAAUACACAAUCAUAAAGGAUGAUAAACCCAAACCCAGACUGGUUCAAGUCUCAAAAACAACACCAGUAGGAGGAAAUGUGAGUCUGAGCUGUUCUGUGGAGAACUCUGCUGGAUGGAAAUAUGACUGGUUCAGACGAACCUCAAACACGAAAGUCAGAACAAAUUAUGUAAAUGGAGUUAUUAGAGUCUCACAAGGAGGCAUCUACAGGUGCAGAGGAUCAAGAGGAGAACCAACCUUCUACACUGAAACAAGUGAUGAAGUCACCUGUGAGAUAACCUUUACAAACAAGGUUGUUGUGAUGCGACAACCCAAAUGGCCUCAGAUAUUCAGAGGUGAGACGAUCACUCUGACAUGUGAGGUUCAGGGAGGUGAAACCACUGAGUGGAGGUAUGAAUGGAGAAGAUCUGGUUCAGAUACACAAUGGAAAUAUGAGAAAACGUGGACUUUCACUGCUUCUGAGUCCAGCAGUGGAGACUACACAUGUAAGACCAGAUGCAUAGACGACCCGUAUUCUUCAACAGAGACGAGUGAAGCCUUCAGAUUGUUGCUAUCAGAUGAACCAAAGACCCAACUGAGAGCCGACGUCAGACUCAUCCCAGUUGGAGGCAGAGUGACUCUGAGCUGCUCAGUGAACCCGUCAUCAUCUGGUUGGAGAUACUACUGGUACAGAGACGAGGAAUCCUCUGAACCCCUGACCUCACCAGAUGCUGUUUUCCAGUCAGAUGGACAAAUCAGUGUCUCACAGGGAGGAAUCUACUGGUGCAGAGGAGGAAGAGGAGAACCAGUUUACUACACAAACUUCAGUGAUCCAGUCAACAUUUAUGGAGCUGCUCCAAACAGAGCAGCUGUGACUCUGCACCCCAACUGGCCUCAGAUAUACAGAGGAGAGAAGAUCACACUCCGAUGUGAAAUCCACGGAGGAGACACUGAGUGGGAGUAUGAAUGGACGACCAGCAGCUCAAACAAACCACCUAAUCUAAAUGAAUUCACUAUUCCAGUUUCUUCAUCAAACACUGGAACCUACAAGUGUAAAGGCAGAAUGAAAAGUAAACAUCUUUCAACAGAUUGGAGUGAUUCCUUCAGUUUGACAAUUUUAGAAACAUCCAAACCUGUCCUCUCUGUGUCUCCAUCAUGGCUGAGUCCUGGAGUCUCAGUGACUCUGAGCUGUGAGGUCAAACAUCCGUCUGCAGGAUGGAGCUUCUACUGGUAUAAAGCUCUUCCUCAAAUACCAAAUCUGUCCUACAUCUAUGAGCUGCUACCUGGUAGCACCAGCGGGACUGCACAGGACUCCUACAUCAUUGAUGGACAGACACACACAGCAGGAUAUGCAUGUAGAGCUGGACGAGGAGACCCAGUGAUCUACACUCAUUACAGUCAGACUAAGAUGGUCUGGUCUGCAGAUCCUCAUCCUUCAGCGUCUCUCACAGUAAGUCCUGACAGAGUUCAACACUUCAGCUCUGACUCUGUCUCACUGACCUGUGAGGGAAACUCUCCUGAGUGGAGAGUGAGAGAUUCCACUCUUAACAACAACGUAUCUACCUGUUCCUACUGGGGGACAAUGACCGGAUCAACAUGUGUCAUUAAUAGACUGCUGCACAGUAAUAGAGUGUUCUGGUGUGAGUCUGGAUCAGCAUUCAGCAACGCAGUCAACAUCACUGGACAGAGUGAGUCUCAUCACAGUUUUUCAAGAUUACAGUUUGGGACUCUGACAGAUUUAUCAUAA